AUGGCGACAGCUCUGCUUCUCUCUGUUUUCUUCCCUAUAUAUCUAUAUAUGUGAAGCUCUGCAGCGCUUAUCACUCAUCCAUUAAGAGCAGAGCAGAGCAGAGCAGAGCAGACAAGGAACAGCUCAAACUCUUCUCUUUCCUCAUUAAAGUCGCUUAUUCCCACUCCGCUGCGCUAGAUUCAGUGCAGAAGAUGGGGGCGGAGAAGUACCACCAGCAGCCUGCUUUCGCUCCCAUGGAUGUCGUCGCGCUGGAGCACGGCAAUGGCGGCAGCGAGUGCCGCGACGACGACGGGCGGCUCAAGAGGACUGGGACGUUGUGGACGGCGAGCGCGCACAUCGUGACGGCGGUGAUCGGCUCCGGCGUGCUGUCGCUGGCGUGGGCCAUCGGGCAGCUGGGCUGGGUCGCCGGCCCCAUCGUCAUGCUCCUCUUCUCCUUCGUUACCUACUACACCUCCGUUCUCCUCGCCGACUGCUACCGCUCCGGCGAUCCCAUCACCGGCAAGCGCAACUACAGCUACAUGGACGCCGUCCACGCCUACCUCGGCGGAGUCAAGGUGAAGCUCUGCGGGUUCAUCCAGUACGCCAACCUCUUCGGCGUCGCCAUCGGAUACACCAUCGCCUCCUCCAUUAGCAUGAUGGCGAUCAGAAGGUCGAAUUGCUUCCACGAGAAGGGCCACCAGAACCCCUGCCACGCCUCGAGCACUCCAUACAUGAUCAUCUUCGGCGUCCUGGAGAUCUUCCUGUCUCAAAUCCCCGACUUCGAUCAGAUUUGGUGGCUCUCCAUCGUCGCCGCCGUCAUGUCCUUCACUUACUCCUCCAUCGGCCUCAGCCUCGGCAUCGUCCAAGUCGUCGCGAACGGAGGUUUCAAAGGCAGCCUCACCGGAGUCAGCGUCGGGACCGUCUCUCCGAUGAAGAAGGUGUGGCACAGCCUCCAGGCCUUCGGCGACAUUGCCUUCGCCUAUUCUUUCUCCCUCGUCCUCAUAGAAAUCCAGGACACCAUCAAGGCGCCGCCGCCGUCGGAGGCGAAGGUGAUGAAGAAGGCGUCGUUCGUGAGCAUCGUCACGACGACUCUGUUCUACAUGCUGUGCGGGUGCAUGGGCUACGCGGCCUUCGGCGACCAGGCGCCCAGCAACCUCCUCACCGGCUUCGGCUUCUACAACCCCUUCUGGCUCCUCGACGUCGCCAACGCCGCCAUCGUCAUCCACCUCGUCGGCGCCUACCAGGUCUUCUGCCAGCCUCUGUUCGCCUUCAUCGAGAAGUGGGCGUCGUCCGCCUGGCCGGAGUCCGGCUUCGUCACCCGCGAGAUAUCCCUGCCGCUGGGCUACCGCCUGAGCCUCUUCCGGCUGGCGUGGCGUUCGGCCUUCGUGGUGCUGACGACGGUGAUCUCGAUGCUGAUGCCCUUCUUCAACGACGUGGUGGGGCUGCUGGGGGCGCUGGGUUUCUGGCCGCUCACGGUGUACUUCCCGGUGGAGAUGUACAUCGCGCAGAAGAAGAUCCCGAGGUGGAGCACUCGGUGGGUGUGCCUGCAAAUGCUAAGCAUGGCGUGCCUGGCCAUCACGGUGGCGGCGGCCAUCGGCUCCGUCGCCGGAAUCAUCACCGACCUCCAAAUCUACCGUCCCUUUAAGAGUAGCUCUUAAUAAUUUACCGCUCCGUUUAUCAUCCGCGCUUUAAUUCAGUGAUGUAAAUAAAUAAUAAAUAAUUUAAAAAUUAAUUAGACGGAAUUUUAUUAAA